CUGAGCUGAAGUUGAAACAAGAUACCCACCACGUCUGCGAAGUGGACGCCUCUGAAGACUUGGUACAAGAGUCCAAAGUUUUUGAGAGUGCUGAUAUCAGUCCUCCCGUAACUUCGCUGGUCGGCCAAUGUCAGCUGUCGGCAUGUUGGGGCCUACGAUAGGAAGAAGCAGUCGCGCCAUAGAUCAUCUGAGGAAAGCCCUAUGCUCUCCGCUGGUUAGCGGUGUCGGCUCUUUUCUCGGUCCCCUGGGCUUCCCUCAACUGUUGCGACUUCCCUCCUGCCCUGGCAGUUUCAGGGGGCUGCAGCAGGGAAACUGCCUCCAUCCAGGUGCUGAUACAGUGAAGCCACUUGAUGGUGUGAGGAUUCUUGAUCUCACAAGAGUGCUUGCAGGACCUUUUGCCACAAUGAACCUUGGGGAUCUUGGAGCUGAAAUAAUCAAAGUGGAGAAACCAGGGUCUGGGGAUGAUACUCGAUCCUGGGGACCACCAUUUGUUGGAACUGAAAGUGUUUAUUUUCUCAGUGUAAACAGAAAUAAAAAGAGUAUAGCUAUCAACAUGAAGAAGGCCAAGGGAGCAAAGAUAAUUAAAGAGCUAGCAGCUGUCUGUGAUGUCCUUGUGGAAAACUAUGUCCCUGGAAAAUUGGCUGGAAUGGGUCUGGGUUAUGAUGACAUUAACACAGUUGCACCUCAUAUUAUCUAUUGCUCAAUAACAGGCUAUGGUCAGACUGGUCCAAAAUUUCAACAAGCAGGUUAUGACUCAGUUGCAGCUGCUGUUUCUGGACUCUUGCAUGUCACAGGGCCUGAGGGCGGUGAGCCAGUUAGGCCAGGAGUAGCUAUGACUGACCUUGCUACAGGAUUAUAUGCAUAUGGAGCAAUUAUGGCUGCACUUCUUCAACGACAUAAAACAGGGAAAGGAAUGCACUUGGAUUGCAAUCUGCUUUCAUCUCAGGUUGCCUGCCUUACUUAUAUAGCGAGCAAUUUCCUAAAUUGCAGAACAGAAUCCAUACGAUGGGGCACUGCUCAUGCAAGUAUUGUACCCUAUCAGGCUUUUAGAACAAAAGAUGGAUAUAUUGUAGUAGGAGCAGGAAAUAAUCAACAGUUUGCUACUGUUUGCAAGGUUCUCAGUUUUCCUGAAAUCAUUCAUGACCCCAAAUACAAAAAUAACCAGCAGCGAGUGAUAAAUAGGAAAGAACUUAUUGGAAUAUUGUCAGCCAGGUUCUUGGAAGAAGAAACCUCCAAAUGGCUAGACCAUUUUGAGGGCAGUGGAGUUCCAUACGGUCCAAUCAACAGCAUGAAGCAAGUGUUCUCAGAUCCUCAGGUUCUGCACAAUAAACUUAUAAUGGAGAUGAAGCAUCCAACAGUAGGGAAGAUUACUGUUCCAGGACCAGCUGUAAGGUAUAGCCAGUUUGAAGUGUCUGAUCCUAAACCACCACCUCUGGUUGGACAGCAUACACUGGAUGUAUUGAAGAGUACAUUGGGGUAUAAGGAUGAUGUUAUACAGGAUCUGUUUGAUGCUGGGAUAAUAGCUCAGCAUGAAUUCAAGUGAAUUGAAUUUCCAUUCAUUAUGAUCAGGAUGCCUGGGGAAACACAUUUCCAUGGCUUCCAAAUUCAACAGAAUGAGUCAGGAACUAUAAAUCCAAGAGUGUUCAAGCAGCAGGACAGGGCUCUCUUUGCUUGGCCUGAAGAUAGAUAUAAAGAAAUUCAUUUUCUUUUCUUCAUCCAAGGAACUUUCAAUUGACUAUCACAAAAAGCAAGAAGUUAUAACUCUUAAGCACUGAUGUUACAAAAUAAAAUCCACACUCUUCCCAUC